CGAACACACGCAUACAUUUGACAGGCAGCACUUUGACGUCUAAUAGAAAUAGUGUCGAUGAAAACAAACGAUUUGAUUUGUUUGCACAUUUUUUUUUAUAUCCGACAAAAAGCUAACAAAAUGAUGGUACCAAAUGUAAAUGUUUGUAAUCGACAAGUUCGCGAUCCUCUGUAUGGUCAGUUGGUCAUUGGUCCCCCGGGCAGUGGCAAAACUACUUAUUGCCAUCACAUAAAUGAAUUUUACAAGGAAUUGGAACGUAAAGUAGCUGUCGUCAAUUUGGACCCGGCAAACGAACAAAUGAGCUACAAUGCACAAAUUGAUAUUAUGAAGUUGGUAACCAUUGCUGAUGUCAUGGAACAUUUAAAACUCGGGCCAAAUGGCGCGCUCGUUUACUGUAUGGAGUAUUUGGAAGAGAAUUUCGACUGGUUACUGAGUCAAUUGAAGCAAAGUACAGCCAAUUAUUUCAUUUUCGAUUGUCCAGGACAGGUUGAACUGUACACACACCAUCAAUCAAUGACACGAAUUUUCAAUCGAUUACAUUCACUUGGCUAUCAUCUGUGCACGGUUCAACUCAUCGAUUCGCAUUAUUGUUCAGAACCAACCAAAUUUAUUUCAACACUGUUGCUAUCGCUGAAUACAAUGUUACAGAUGGGAUUGCCGCACGUGAAUGUUCUGAGCAAAGCCGAUCUGCUGAAGCAAUUCGAAGCAAAGCUGGCAUUCAACAUCGAUUUUUAUACCGAAGUGUUGGAUUUAAAAUAUCUUCUGGAGGCGCUGGACAAUUCACCGGGCAUGAAAAAGUAUAAAAAAUUGAAUGCAGCCAUUGUAUCAAUGGUCGAAGAUUAUAGCUUAGUUACAUUUCAACCGUUAGAUGUAAAACGACGUGAUAGUUUAUUAAGAUUGAAAAAUAUCAUCGACAAAGCAAAUGGAUACGUUUAUGGAGCGGCCGAAGAAAAAUCAAUCAAUGCAAUGCUAGCCUGUGCGAUUGGCGCCGAAAAUGAUAAUGACAAAUUCACAAAAGACUUUGAACCGUAUAUGUAAAGAUAUUUUCCACCCGAAGAAAAAAAAAACACCAAUUGAAAUAAAUCAAAUGAAAUUAUCUUCGAAAA